UCGAAACACACGGCGAAGACGCCCUUAGCAACAAACCAGACAAUCACAUCAAAAAUAGGAGCUCCUGCUGCUGACAAGACUGGUUAAAACAUAAGUCGUUUUAACGGCGCUAACGCACUGAGGACAUUACAUUAUUACCCGAAAGAGACGCCAGCGUCUCUGAAUUCAACGAGAACGGGGCUUUUGCCCAGAGUUGAGGUAACGUUAGCUAGCUAACCGACGAUAACCCCUCUCAAGCGAAAACAGCUUCCCAAGCAUUCCGGAAGGAGGACGAACCCUGGGCCGAUCGAAGCAGAAGCUCACUAGUUAUAUUGCUAACUAGUCAUUCACCGCAAAGUACACUCGAGAUUUUUCCUUAUGGGAAUGGUUCUCUGGGUGGAUAUAGUAAUCAACCGACAGAGAAAGGCGAGGGCCACACGGGUCAGACAGCUAAGCUGUCAUUUUGGGACUCAAACUAUUUUGGACAGUCGGAGUAAUUUAGCGUUUGCUCACUCGGACGUGUGUUUUUGUGGCUGUGCUAACGUUAGCUGACGGAAACGAGAAACGACCCCCAUCGCUGGAACUUUUUCAGACUGCAGGGCUAGCGAGUUGGCAAAGCCAUGGUUUUAGGACGAGAACAAGGUCAGAUUGUGUAGGUAGAGAGUCCUAGCUAGAAUAUUAAGUUGAGCAAGUGAGGAAAGCUAUAUUAAACCAACUUAUGUAACGUUAGCUAUAUUUCAUCCAACAAAGUUGGCUAGCAGGGUAUAUUUUGGAUCCCUUGAGCUAGCAACACGAGCACGAAUUGCAAGUGAUACAAGCUUUACUCUUAAGUAUUUUAUUAUAACUAGCCAAGUGUUGGCUAGUUUUUUUUUAUACGGUUGUUUUUACUAAAGAUUUUUAACUUCCACCUCGGAUGCUGGCUUCAACGUUAAACUGCAAUCAUGAUGGUAUUACAGAGAAAAGCAGAAGGCCCCAUAACAGCAGCGCGGCAUGGUGACGGCCUCUAUAACUCCUACAUGAGAACUGACCACCUACUGAAGGAAGAAGCAGACACACACAGUCCCGCUGGCCUGCCCCCGAUACCCAAACACACUGUGAAUAAGCCAGGUGUGAUGCGGGACCAGAUCGGUGUUAGCGGGGGUCAGCUGAAGGCCAAGUACCCGUACGAAGACUCCACCUACAACCGCAAGGUCAAUGCUGUUACCACGACAACACACAACGGCAACAGCACCGCAGGACAGACCACCGGUAAACCCGCCCCGGUGACUGGGCUGUCUAAAGAACGCACCGCCGGACAGAUCACCGGUAAACCCGCCUCGGUGCCUGGACUGUCUAAAGAACGCAGCGCAGACAGUACGGGCUCCAGUAAGGGGUCGUCAGAGAGCACCGGACCCUGGGGGGGCAAACUGGUGGGCCCCCUGAUUCCUGAACAGGCCCUCAGACAGUACCGCUCACAACUUACUAUCCUGGAACAGACUGAGAUACACUCCUACCCAGAGGUAUAUUUCCUGGGUCCCAACGCUAAGAAGCGUCCUGCAGUUGCUGGGGGCAACAACAAUGGGGGUUUUGAUGACGAGCAGGGGGGGUACAUCCAUGUACCCCACGAUCACCUGGCCUUCAGAUACGAGUUCCUCAAAGUCAUCGGCAAGGGUAGCUUCGGACAGGUGGCGAAGGUGUACGACCACAAGCUGCAGCAGCACCUGGCGCUGAAGAUGGUCCGUAACGAGAAGCGUUUCCACCGCCAGGCCCAGGAAGAAAUCCGUAUCCUAGAGCACCUCCGUAAGCAGGACCGCUCCGGUACCAUGAACGCCGUCCACAUGCUAGAACACUUCACCUUCAGAAACCACAUCUGCAUGACCUUUGAACUGCUCAGCAUGAACCUGUAUGAGCUGAUCAAGAGGAAUAAGUUCCAGGGCUUCAGCCUGCCGCUGGUCAGGAAGUUUGCCCACAGCAUCCUGCAGUGUCUGGAGGCGUUGAACCGCCACCGAAUCAUCCACUGUGACCUGAAGCCGGAGAAUAUACUGCUGAAACAGCAGGGACGGAGUGGAAUCAAGGUGAUAGACUUUGGUUCGUCAUGUUUCCAUCACCAGCGUGUCUACACGUACAUCCAGUCCCGCUUCUACCGUGCCCCUGAGGUCAUCCUGGGGUCACGCUACGGUCUCCCCAUUGACAUGUGGUCAUUUGGCUGUAUCCUGGCUGAGUUGCUGACAGGGUACCCCAUGUUCCCAGGGGAGGACGAGGGGGAUCAGCUGGCCUGUGUCAUGGAGCUCCUGGGCAUGCCCCCUACCAAGCUGCUGGAGCAAGCCAAGAGAGCUAAGAACUUCAUCUCCUCCAAGGGUCACCCCCGCUACUGCGGGGCGAACACCUUGCCCAGUGGGGCCACGGUGUUCACAGGCUCCCGCUCGCGCAGGGGGAAGCUCCGGGGUCCUCCGGCCAGUAAAGAGUGGAGCGCGGCCCUGAAGGGAUGUGAAGAUCUCACUUUCACAGACUUUAUUAAGAGGUGUCUAGACUGGGACCCUUCCAGCAGACUGACCCCUAGUCAGGCCCUCAGACACCCCUGGCUGUACCGACGCCUGCCUAAGCCCCUGGCCUCCGCCGUCGGGGAGAAGAAAGGAGUGACGGACCACCACUCUACCUCCUUACCGUCCAUCCUGCCGGCUAAAGGAGUGAGCGGCCCGGCGGCAAAUCCCAACAAACUGAGAGCCAACAUGAUGGGAGACUCGGCAGGGUCCAUACCCCUCCGUACCGUGUUGCCCAAACUGGUCUCAUAGACAGAUGGCAGAGAACCAGGAGGGUUUAAAUUAGUUGGCUUUCUUCUUUUCUCUUUUUUGGUUUUCUGUGUUUUUAAUUAUUUUGAAACGUGUGGACACUCCAGGUGUUGAUUUAGAAUUGUAUCUGAAGGUGCGUUGAUGAACCGACCGUUGGACAGACGAUUAUAAAGGUUUUUACAGCA